UGAUGAACUAGGUAGUAAAACGGAAGAAAAUGCUCAAAUACCAAAAGAUUCAAGUGCAAUAGACAGUAGUGUAGAUGCAGGUCACAAAGAUGAAAAAAAGUGAAACAGUUAAUACUCAACCAGAAGAGAUUAUUGAUCCAAAAGUUGAUGAGAUAAAUAACAAAAAGACCCUCAUUGUUCCAGUUUAUAUAUAUGACUGUAUAGUUCACAAUGUGUUACAGUCCCUUAUUAAUCCCUGGGACUAUCAGGCCCCUGCUGACAUUUACCAGGAUAUGACCUUUGACCCAGUCAGUGAGCAGAAUGAGCAAAGUGGGUUGUCUAGCCCAAGAUCUCUGAAAAGAGUGUCAUUUAGUGUAGAAAGUUUUAAAGAUGACCUUGAACCAGCUUGGAGGUUAUCAUGGAGGUCACAGGAGAGAAGGUCAACAGAGGGAUCAUGUGACGGAGGGGAAAACCUGUGGCAGCAGUGUUCAUCAUUGUCAGAAACAUUCUAUAACUGCUAUGUUAAAGGUGUGUUUCAAAGCUUGCAGAAAAGUUUUACCAUUGACAGCCAAGAUGUUGAUGCAGCCAUAAAUAAUAUCUGUGAAGAGGCCCUGCCCUUAGAGAGUAACAUGACAACAUUUCUACAUGCAUCAUGUUGUCACUUCCAGCACCUCGUAAACGAGGCCCGAAAAGAUCAGGAGAGACUUAAUGAUCAAAGUUCUGCAGUGAUAGAUGAUGUUAAACCUCACUCUGUCAGGUUUAUGGAUAUACUUGAUGAUACUGAUGGAGAUGCACAAAGUGAUCAAAUGAAAAUACCAUCAGUACUUGAGUUACCUAAAGUGACAUUGACAUUAGAUUUAUCAUUACUUCACCUAGAGCUACCUUGUGAGCCAUUAAAAGACCUUCACCAGCUGAUCAAGGACAAAUUCCUUGAUACUGUACAGAAAUGGUUCCGACAGGUUCCAUCUAGUCGUGACUACUAUUUCUAUUGUCCAGAAGCUGCUCAGAGUGAAGGAGAAUUGUCAGAUGAAAGGGAGACAACUACGUCAGAAGCUGUUCAUGGAGCAGCUGUUGGCACAAUGCCAGAAUCUGAUGGUAACAUGGCAAUGGACAGACUCAGCCUGGCCAUGAGGAGUGACAGGAUCUCUAACACCUCUGUCCUAGAUUCCGAGGAGUCUAUGGAAGAUGAUGCCAUCCUUGACCUUGACAUUACCCAGGAUGAUCGGAGUGACCAGUCUCCAUUGUUUAUAAACUUUACAUGUACAGUGAAAAGUCGUCUGCAACAGUACAGUUUGUCACUGCGUAACAUUGCUGUUUGUAUUGGAGAACUUUCAACAAUACUGGAAAAGUUUUCUGAGGUUGAGCUUAGUGACCUCAAGAUAACCUUUGAUCUUAACUGUUUGACCUUGCCCUGUGACCUUGAAGUAGCAUCACCAAAGAAACCGUCAAUGUUAAGAAUGUUAUCAAACACUAGUGCAACAUUCGGGUCAUCCUCAGGCUCAGAAGUUGAAGACAGGGGAAGUGAAUCUAUGAUUGAUAUGAAUCAUUUGAAGGACCCAAUAAAUCACCUACCACAGAGACAACAUGAUGCUGUCACCAAAUGUAUGGAGGAGAUUGAGUGGCUGUUACAUGAUGAGAUUGUAUCAAACUUGAGGCACAUAUCGCCUAUCACUACUGAUGCCCUUAACUUUGUUGCCAAGCAUAUACAGUGUACUAGUGGAUUAGGCAAGGCUAACGUCAGUGUAGAAACUGUACCUCUACAGUUUGUGUUUGGAUCAGAACAAAGCAAUGAAAAAUUUACAGAGGAAUUCCAAAAGAUGUCAUUCAAGAAUUACCAGUUGAACAAAGAGGAUGAGUGGUAUUACUUAUCCAAGAAGCGUAUUAAUGCCUUCACCUAUGUUAAUGCAUCAGUACUUAGCUCUGCUCUUGUAGAAUUAAGUCAGUGGAGUGGAAAACAAGGCUCCUCUACUAAAGUUUGCUCGCCAAGCUCUGUGUCGGAACUUACUGACACAAAAUCAGCUAAAAAUCUGUCCCCUCUCAGUGUUAAUGCUAAAGAGAAAAGUUUUGAUAUUGGUGGAGAACAUGUAGGCUGUUCUAGUCCUUUGACAGUAAAAUCUGAUGGAUACAUUCCAUCAGAAGUAAAAAGACACAGUCUGGAGUCUAAUCUAAGUCUAGAGAAGAGAACAUCAACAGAAGGUCUCAACUUGGAAAAUGUUAGUUUAAUUAAUAGACGCAAAAGUAAGGAGUUAGUGUUGAAAAUGAUACAAAGUAGCAAGGAUAAUAUGUCAGAUAGGGAGAAAACACAAGUUAGUUGUGAACAGGCCGGAAAAGUGGAGGAGAAAGCAGAUUCUUCCACUGCAGAUAGUUUGACUAACCUUAAACAGGACAUUGAAGCUCAACAAAAGAGUGAUGGCUCUAAAAUUGACGAUGAGAGCUCACAGAACCCUAGUAAUGUUUUACAAAAGGAAGGAAAAUCAGUUGUUUCUCCAACUUCAUCAUCAGUGUUUGAUUCACCUACUACAGGAAGUAUUUCAUUUUCUGUGUCUGGAACAGGAAGUCAUGUGACCUCUGCUGUCCAAUCACCUGUUAUAUCUGAUAUUUCUAUACAGCUGACAAAAACCGAUGGUCGUUGUGAACCAUUCAGAACAUCUCCAGAAAGAACCUGUGCCAUGGAAAACAUGUUAGAUGAUGAAUUUGACAGAACAGAUUUGGAAAAUGAAGCUGUGUUAAAAAGGUGCUCUAGUUUUGCUGGUUUCAGAUCACAAGAACCAUGUGUUCCCACAAAACAGGACUCUGAGAUCGAAUCUCAGGGUCCUUCGCCAAUGAAAGCUCAACAACACUCUCUCAUUGGACCUCAGGGCAGGGCUCGUCACUGCUCGGCCCCUGUAUCAGGUCAGGGAACACCUAGAAGUAAAGUAUCAGCGUUACCAUAUACCCCAUCUUGUAUAUCAUCAAGGGGCUCAUUUACAGAAGAUGGUGCAUCAUAUGAUGGAGAUAUGAGUGAGAUGGACGACAGUGCCACCAUGUUCAGUGAGAGCGGGGUCAUCACACGUCUUAUGCCCAACUUCUGGCUCAUCAUGCAUAUAAACUUUAAUGCUGUAGAUAUCAACAACAUUGAAAUGAACACUGUUGAUAUACUCUUCCAACACAGGGUGAAGCUUGAGGUCCAGUUGAACCUCAAUUAUCAGUCACAACAGAAACAACCAGAUUUUCAUCAAGAACCAAACAACGGAAAAUGUUUUUUAUCUAGAUUAAAGAGUACAAUCAAGCGAGUGCUAGAUUCAAUGUGUGCAAAGGAGAUAAGGAAAGAUCAUCUGAAUACAGAUGUAGCAGAACAAGUUAGAGAAGCCACACAUGAGAGCAACUGUGGUGAGAUGUUACGACGUAGUCGCAGUGUCAUGGCGGCGUCGGAUCCUUCUGAGUGUAACAGUGUAAGGGAAGCUAUCCAGCUAGCUGUAUGGAGAUCGUUGGUUUACUACAUCGAGGGGGCCGUUCGUGCCGGUGAUAUAAUGCGACGAAGGUGGACACCUGAGUUCUUCUCCACAGUAAAGGCUGGGAAGGUGACGAGUAUGAGCGGCGUAGUACGUGUGGUCGAGGUGGUGCGUAAGCCAGCGAAAGAAAAGGAGCGCGAAACAAGACAAAAACAGAAUGCGAAAGAUGGUAUUCCCUGUGGCUGA